AUGAGCACGGUGCCCAUGCUAGACCUGGAGGACUCAAGGUGCCUCGGCACGCCCCACGAAGAGGAGUGCUUCCGCGAGACGGUGGCACCGCGCUUUCCGGCCUUUGAAGAUCCGCAGUGCGCCAUGGGGGUGGCGCUGCGGGGGAUCUUCUUGUCUGCCAAGAAACCCUAUAACGAGUUCCAAGACUCCAAUGCGAUCUUGCCGGACGGGAACAUGCAAGGAUUUGAUGAGUGCCUUCUCUACGGCAAUGACCAGGCGAGUUGCUGUGUGAAGGUUCGCUUUUGCAAAUGCGACGCGCAUCCGGCAGAGCACGUCGGCUGCAACUUAGGCGUGGCUGCCGAAUGCGCCAUCUGCUUGAUGCUCAUCCCUCCCGUCCUCGUGCGACACAGCGGCUGGGGCAAGAUGUUCUCUUGGAUUCUUCGACAGCUGGAAGCCGUCAGCCUGGCACGGCAGUCCUUGGUCUUGGAACCUGAAGCCACCGAUCUGCUGAGGAGCAUCACCUGGGGAAAGCUUCGCAGUGGCCAGCAGCACCGCGACCUCGUCCGCAUGAGCAAUGCCUCGGGACCCUUGGGCGAACGACUCAUCACCGCCGUGGUGGAGGACUUCUACACGCAACAGAUGGCCAAUACCAAUCCCUUGGACGCCUGGGCGCAGGCGGUGGAGAUAGGCCUGGUGACCGCGGUCGCCCGCUUUCUGGCCUCGCGCUGGCCGCGUGGCAAGCGCGCGCCAGUGCCGCAACAGCAACUGGAAGCCAUCAAACGGCUCAUUCCAGAGAAUCUGAGGUCCUUGAUUCCCCGCCGCAUGCUUUUCGCGUCAGGCGGCCGCGCGAAGGCGCUCCGAGAGAUGAUCGGUCCUCCACGCGUGGAGCGGCAGAAGGGCGGCUUGUUAGAGGCUGCCUGGAUCCAAGCGCUACGUUCCUGGUCUGGCACCUGCUGCCCGCCAGACGUGACAGGCGGUUUGGCCAUCUUGCACCCACCCCCGGCGGGGAACUCCAAGUGGCCCGGCCUUCUGCUGGCACUGUGCUUGGCCUGCGAGUCCCGAGAUCGAGAGUUGCUCAGACAGGUGGAACAGGGCAUCCAAUGUGUGGGACGUGGAUGCCCAGUGCUGAUGAAGUUGCAGAUCAUGGAGCAACAUGCCUGGAAUGUGUGGAAAGACCCAGCAGCAAAGAGGUGGCUGCCCCUAUUGCAGCUGGUGCUGGAACGCUUCAGGCGUCCCCGAUUGGCCAAAAGCGCUUCGCGCGGUGAGCGGCUGCAUGUGCUCGGCACCGGGGAGACCUUGGCAUUUCUGAAGGCCGGUGGCUCCAUGGCCCGGUUCGGGGAUGGGGAGUUCUGGUCCAUGGACCGCGGCUUCAUCACACCGGUGGUGCGAAGUCGCUUCUUACAGGAGUCCUUGGUCUACGUCGCGCGCUUGGGCACCAGCGGCUGUCCGGGCUUCAAGCCGGCCAUGGUGGACGUCUUAGGCCUCGAGGAGACCUUCCCGGAUCGCAUGAAUUACAACUGGUGGCGCGACCGGCCCUUCUUCCGGCAGAUCCCCUUCCGCUACUUCCCGCCGGGGAUCUAUGGAAAUAUGUGGACCAACUAUCGACCUGCGGGCUCUUCGCGUCACACCACCAUCCGCCGGAACUUCGUGGAGGGAUGGGAGGAGGUCUUUGCUAACAAGUCGGUACUGCUGGUGGGCCAUCCCUUUGCCCAAGCAGCCACUCAGGGCAAGGCCACCGGCGUGAUGUUCGGCGCACCGAAGGCCGACUACGACUUCCCAGUUCGUGUGGCACAAGUCUCUUGGGAGAUGAUGCGCCAGGUCGCCCAGGACCGCUUAGCGCCCUUCACCCGGGCGCGCGACGUGCGCCUCAUGCGACCGUUGGCCAUCGGCUUGGCCUCGAGCGUCCGGUGGCACCUGGCGUUGCAGACGGUGCGCGAGGUGGUGGAUAACUCCGACAUUGAUGUCGUGGCGGUGUCCUGGGGUCCACAAGCCAAGCCUUUGGUGGCAGAUGUGGCUUGCCGUGGCACGCAGGCCAUUGAUGUGGGUCGAUUGCUUUGGGAGCUUCAUGGCAACAGCGCGAUGUCGGGAGAGCUCCUGAAAACGACCGCCCCGCCUUGCGCCAGUCAUUUUCCAGGGUGCACCCCCUGCCGUGCAAGACUUCUGCACAGAGAUUAUCUAUAG